GUGGCGAUGGUUGUUCUCCAUCCUGGUUCCUCUGACUCUCACCACACGGGCCCUGAAGAGGAGGAGUCUGGACCACAGCGGAGCCCUGGGAGUCCCUCGUGGAACCAACUGCUUAUCUAUUGGUCCUGCGGUGACUCGCCUACUCAGGAAUGGAAGGUGCUCAACCAACAAGUCUGAACGGUUUACAACGUCUGCCUGGGGGGGGAAUUACUUCCAGACUGAAGUGCAGCCCUUCAGUUUCACCAGGUCUGCACACGGAAUAAGAGCUUCUCUUAAACAGACUCACUUGGCGUUGAGGACUGCUUUUCCUUAAGGAUUCACACAGGAUCAGGGUUUGACUGUAAAAAGGGGACAGGUUUUUGCCAGUUCAUACUAUGGAAGAGGAUCUUCUGAAUGAUAACUGCACAGCAGAUAAUCUGCCCUUGUAUACAUUCUACGCCUCUGUGAUGAUUGUGGAGUUCACCCUGGCUCUGCCUCUUAACCUCUCGGUGCUUUACCUCUUCAUCUUCAAGCUGGAGUUCUGGAAACUGAACUCCAACAACCUUUUCCUGUUCAAUCUCGUGUUGGCUGACCUUCUUCUGCUCGGCUGUUUGCCAGUGAACGCCUACAAUUUCCUUGGCGGAGAGCGUCAGAGUGUGGACGGAAAGAUCUGCAAGGCCAUGCUCUUCAUGCUGUUUCUGAACCGAGGCGCCAGUAUCUGCUUCCUGGCUGUGAUUUCACUCGAUCGCUACUUCAACGUGGUUCAUCCUGGGAACAAGGACUUUGUCCUCAAAAAGUCCCCUCAUAUAUCUGUGGUCAUCUGGCUAGUACUGCUGCCUUUGACGAUCCCCACCAUGCUGAAGACCGGCUGCUGUAGCAGUCAUGGGGACAUCACUGACACUCUGAGAGAGGUUGUGUUUUUCACCCAGAUUCUCAUCCCUUUCUUUGUGUUGGUGUACUGCACGGUCCGCAUUGUCAACAGACUCAAAAAGAAGACAGUAGGUGACAGGACCAAGCUGCGUCGAGCAGUGUUUCUGGUCACCUCUGUCAUGCUGGUCUUUUCUUUCUGUUUCCUGCCUUGUACCAUCGCUAGAAUUGUUCUGUUGAUUGUCAGAGCCAUGGAUUUAGAGAAUGCUGAGAAUAUAGCUGUUCAGGUCUAUGAUGGUUUCAUAGUUUUUUCCCACAUGGACUGUCUAGUGGACCCAAUUGUGUACUGUUUAAGCAGCACGAAGUUCAAACACCUCUACCUGACAACGUAUUGCCCCUGUCUACUGAGAAACAACACAGAAACAGUUGAAAGAACAAACCCAACACGAACCAACUUAAAUCUAAAACGCAACAACAACACACUGUAGCUAGUAGGUAAUGAUACUUCUGGGUGUGGGUGUGGUCGUGGGCGUGGACAUUUUAUUUUUAUUUUAGUUUCUUGCAGUUAUACACUUUCAUGGGGCUGAGAAAAAAAAUUGUAUUUAAAAAAAAAAAGAUAAUUUCCUGCAAUUCUACACAUUUUGCCAUGGCUUAUGUCAUAUAACUAAAACUUUGUUAAAACAAGUCUAUUGGGGCCCCAUGCCAGGACAUUUUUUUAAACAUUUUAGAUUCUCUCUGACUGUCUAGUUUUUUAUUUUGGUGAUUGUUAGUUCUCAAAGAUGAUCUUAUUUAAAAAGAUAUCGCUCUGUUUAUCUUUUCUACAUACUUUUUAUCUGGUUUUAGUCGUUUUAAGUUUUGAUGUGGCGGCCCGCCGCUGCAAAAUGAAUAUAGGGGAAGCACUGGCAUGUUCAGCUUUUGUUUGCCAAAUCAGACUGUGAUUCAAUACUGGUUUCUGUUGUGAUCAGUCAUCGGUUUUGUUCACCUGUGAUAUCAUCAUGUUACACAUAUCAUCAUGAUGCUGUUACUAAUUGUCUGUGUCAAAUAAAUAUUCUCCUCAAAUGAU